CUGCCAAGGCGGCCGUGGGGCGGUUCCUGCGCAGGGAGUGUGAGGCGCUGCCGGUGCCCACCAUGGUGACACCGUGUCAGAACCUGGUCAGCCGGUAUUGGGAGCUGCUGGAGGAACAGCUGGGGGGGCAGCUGAAGCCAUCUGCCAUCUGUGCCCGCCUGGAGUUGUGCCCAGCGCAGCCUGGGGGGGUCCCGGCUGUGUCCCCCCACAUCGGAGCCCUCCUGCAGGACGCGGCGCUGCCGGUGCCGUUACCGCUGUGUUGGCUGUGCCGGACCUUCCUGUCCCGCGCCGAGGCCGCCGUCCCCAAGGGGGCCGUGGCCGGGGCCGUGUCCCAGCUGUGCCGGGCGCUGCCGCUGGCCGUGUCGGGCGCGUGCCAAUGCCUGGCCGAGCGUUACACCGUGUUGGUGCUGGACGCGCUGCUGGGGAAGCUGGCACCGCGGCUGGUGUGCAGCCUGAUGCUGCACUGCGGGCCUGAGCGGGACGGGGGGAACAUGGACAUCACGGCAACGGGGAACAACGGGGACACACAGAGAGAGGACCCCACUCUAUGGGGGGACCAAGGGCACGGGGGGGAGGCAGAGGAGAGACCAAAAGGGCACAGGGGGUGA